GAAAUGUGCACGCAGGAGCAUUUCCAGGCGCAGAGGAGCCAUCUGGUGGAGGUGCUGGUCUCGGGGUCUCUGGAGGGUUUUGAGAGCAUCCUGGACCACUUGCUCUCCUGGGAAGUCCUCUCCUGGGAGGACUAUGAGAGCCUUAGCCUCCUGGGCCAACCCCUCUCCCACUUGGCCAGGUGCCUCCUGGACACAGUAUGGAAUAAGGGGGCUUGGGGCUGUGAGCAGCUCAUCACAGCAGUUCAGGAGGUCCAGGCUGACAGCCAGCCCCACGAGUUGUAUGGCCUCUGGGGCCCACACUCAUCUUGCCCAGCCCAAGACCUGCAGAGUCAUCGGCCAGUCAUCAUCAGGAGACUCUAUAGCCAUGUGGAAGAUGUGCUGGACCUCGCCCAGGAUCAGGGCUUCAUCAGCCAGUAUGAAUGUGACGGAAUCAGGCUGCCCAUCCUUACGUCAUCCCAGCGGGCAAGAAGGCUGCUGGAUCUUGCCACAGUGAAGACCAAUGGAUUGGCUGCCUUCCUUCUACAACAUGUUCAAGAAUUACCAGUUCUGUCGGUCCUGCCUUUUGAAGGUGCUGCAUGUAAGAAGUACAUGUCCAAGUUGAAGACCACAGUGUCUGCUCAGUCUCGCUUCCUGAGUACCUAUGAUGGGGUAGAGAACCUUUGCCUAGAAGACAUAUACACAGAGAACCUCCUAGAGGUGCAGAUAGAUGUCUGCAAAGCUGGUCCCCCAUGGCAGAGGCCGGCCACCCUGGGCCUGCAGGAGCUUUUUGGCCCCCAUGGCCAUCUCAAUGAAGACGCUGACACAAUACUGGUGGUGGGCGAGGCGGGCAGCGGCAAGAGCAUGCUACUGCAGCAGCUGCACUUCCUGUGGGCUGCAGGCCAGGACUUCCAGGAGUUUCUCUUCGUCUUCCCAUUCAGCUGCCGGCAGCUGCAGUGUAUAACAAAACCACUCAAUGUGCAGACACUGCUCUUCGAACACGGCUGCUGGCCUGACUUUGGUCAACAGGACAUCUUCCAAUUCCUCCUUGACCACCCUGACUGUGUGUUGCUAACAUUUGAUGGCUUAGAUGAGUUCAGGUUCAGGUUCAACGAUUGUGAGCGUCACUGCUCUCCAACUGACCCUACAUCUGUACAAAAUCUGCUUUUCAACCUUCUGCAGGGCAACCUGCUGAAGAAUGUCCGCAAGGUGCUGACAAGCCGUCCAGAUGCAGUGACGGCGUACCUCAGGAAGUAUGUCUGCAUGGAGCUCAAUCUCAAAGGUUUCUCAGAGCAGGGCAUUGAGCUAUACAUGAGGAAGCACCAUCGGGAACCUGGAGUGGCAGACCACCUUGUCCACCUACUCAGAACCACCUCAGCUUUGCAUGGUUUGUGUCACCUCCCUGUCUUCUCAUGGAUUGUAUCCAAAUGCCAUCAGGAACUGUUGCUGCAGGGCGGGGGGUCCCUGAAGACCUCCACGGACAUGUACUUGCUGACCCUGCAGCAUUUUCUGUUGCGCACCUCCCCACCAGAUCUAGUCCCCCGCAGCUGGGGACCCAGCCUGCUUCGAGACAGACUCCCCACACUCGUGCACCUUGGCCGCCUAGCUCUCUGGGGCCUGGGCCUGUGCUGCUAUGUGUUCUCAGCCACACAGCUUCAGGCGGCACAGGUGGACUCUGAGGACAUUGCUCUGGGCUUCCUUGUGCGUGCCAAAAGCAUCCGACCAAGGGGCUCAGCACCCCUGGAGUUCUUGCACAUCACUUUCCAGUGCUUUUUUGCUGCGCUCUACCUUAUACUGAGUGCUGACCUGCCACCCACCACGCUCAGAUACCUCUUCAAUUGCCAAAGCCUGGGAGGCUUUCUGAAGGCCAGGCUGCUGCCCACACUGUGUAUCCAGAGCUCUGAAUGCAAGGAGGACAAUGUGGUGGCUUUACUGCAGAAGGCCGAGCCACACAACCUCCAAACCACAGCAUCCUUCCUGGCAGGGCUGUUGUCCCAGGAGCACCGGGGCCUGCUGGCUCAGUGCCAGGCAUCUGAAAAGGCCCUACUCCGGCGCCAUGCCUGUGUCCGGUGGUGUCUGGCCCGCAGCAUCCGUAAGCACUUCCACUCCAUCCCGCCUGCUGUGCCAGGUGAAGCCAAGAGCAUGCAUGCCAUGCCUGGCUUCCUCUGGCUCAUCCGGAGCCUGUAUGAGAUGCAGGAGGAACGGUUGGCCCAGGAGGCUGUGCGUGGACUGGAUGUCGAACACCUGAAGCUGACAUUUUGCAAUGUGGGCCCCACUGAGUGUGCAGCCUUGGCCUUUGUGCUGCGGCAUCUCCGGCGACCUGUGGCCCUGCAGCUGGAUCACAACUCUGUGGGUGACACUGGUCUGGAGCAGCUGCUGCCUUGCCUGGGUGUCUGCAAGGCUCUCUAUUUGCGAGAUAACAAUAUCUCAGACCAAGGCAUCAGCAAACUCAUCGAACAAGCUCUUCACUGUGAGCAGCUGCAGAAAUUGGCUCUCUUCAACAACAAGUUGACUGAUGGUUGUGCACACUCCAUAGCCAAGCUCCUUGCAUGCAAGCAUAACUUCUUGGCAUUGAGGCUGGGGAAUAACCACAUUACUGCUGUGGGGGCUGAGGUGCUGGCCCAGGGGCUCCGAAACAACAACUCUCUCCAGUUUAUGGGGUUCUGGGGCAACAAGGUGGGUGACAAAGGAGCCCAGGCCUUGGCUGAGGCUUUGAGUGACCACCAGAGCUUGAAAUGGCUUAGCUUGGUAGGAAACAACAUUGGCAGUGUUGGUGCACAAGCUUUAGCACUGAUGUUGGAAAAGAACAUGGUACUGGAAGAACUCUGCCUGGAAGAGAACUAUCUCCAUGAUGAAGGAGUGUGUUUUCUUGCUGAAGGACUUCAGAGAAACUCAAGUUUGAAAAUCCUGAAGCUGUCCAACAACUUCAUCACCUGCACUGGGGCAGAAGCCCUCCUGUGGGCCCUUGAAAGAAAUAAUACCAUCAGGGAAAUCUGGCUCCGAGGGAAUACUUUCUCUCCAGAGGAAAUCAAGAUGUUCAGCCACAAGGACACCAGACUCUUGCUUUAA